GUUAAAAGAUAUUGGAUAUUGUGUUCAAACCGCCAUGUGUGAAUGAUUCAGCACACUUUUUUACAAUGGCACUGAAACCCUAUUUAAACGCAGUUAGGCACACCCUAAACGCAGCACUGUGUGUUCAAAAUUUUUCUUCACAAGUUGUUGAACGUCACAACAAACCGGAAAUAGAAGUUAAAACUUCUAAGGAGCUGCUAUUAAAUCCCGUAAUUAUUAGUCGGAAUGAAAAAGAGCGGGUAUUAAUUGAGGGGUCAAUUAAUUCAGUUCGUGUCAGUAUUGCUAUCAAACAGUCUGAUGAAAUCGAAAAGCUACUUUGUCGGAAAUUCACUCGGUUUAUGAUGACUCGUGCAGAAGACUUUGUUAUACUGAGGCGUAAACCUGUUCCUGGCUAUGAUAUCAGUUUUCUUAUCACAAAUUUUCAUACAGAACAGAUGUCAAAGGCCAAGUUGGUUGACUUUGUAAUUACUUUCAUGGAUGAGAUCGAUAAAGAAAUUUCGGAAAUGCGCUUGGCAGUGAAUUCUAGGGCUCGUCAAUGUGCUGAAGAAUUUUUGAGGGCGUUCGAUUAACAUAUGAAGUAACCAACAAUAUCGCUCAAUAUUUUAGUAGUCUGAAGUAAUUUUAAUGAAUCUUUUGGAAUACUUUUUUAUCAUUUUGUCUUUCAAUUAACCACUGACUUGUAAACAUAAAGUAUUUUUAUGCU